AUGGAAAGUACGCUUGGAAAAUGGUCAAACCUCCAGCCUUUCCAACAGAGAAGAAACAAAGUCGAGCUUCGAGGAGACUCGCUCACGAUAGCAACUUUGGUUGCCGUUGCAAGAUGCGAUGCAAUUGCCAGUUUGGACAACCUUCCUCGCCACAUCAGAGCUUCAAUCGAUGACAGCGUCAAGUUCCUUAUGGAAUCGCUGGCCAAUGGUCACUCAGUUUAUGGAGUGACGACUGGCUUUGGAGGGAGUGCGAACACCACAACGUCCUCCACCAAUGCGUUGCAAGUGGCACUACUUCAAAUGCAAUUAUGCGCGGUGCUACCUCUUUCUGAUAGCAGUGCCUCUUCGUCCCACCAUGGUACAACAUCCGAUUGGAACGCAAUCGCGAAGCUUAGUAUGCCCGAGGAAUGGGUGAGAGCUGCUAUGGUUAUUCGCUGCAACUCUGUCCUUCGAGGACAUUCCGCCGUUCGUCUGGAAGUCAUCCAGGCCAUUGUCAAUCUCCUUGAGCACAAUCUUGUGCCAUUGGUUCCUCUUCGUGGGAGCAUUUCAGCAUCUGGAGAUUUGUGUCCUCUUUCAUACAUCGCUGGUGUACUUGAGGGCAACCCAGAUGUCAAGGUAUGGUCUGGUCCAAAGGAGUCAAGGAGAUUGAUCCCUUCGAAUGAAGCUCUCCAACAAGCGGGCAUGAGUUCGGUCAACUUUGGUCCCAAAGAGAUUCUCGGCUUGAUCAAUGGAACAGCCUUUUCUGCCGGCGUUGCGACUCUUGCUCAACACCAAGCAGAUAUCCUUGCAAUCUUGGCGCAGAUUCUCACUGCCAUGGGAGUUGAAGCUAUGCUAGGAGCACUCGAUAGUUUCGAUCCAUUUAUUGCAGCCAUUCGUCCUCACCGGGGUCAAAUCGAAGUGGCAAGAAACAUCAACGCGUUCUUAGACGGCUCGGAUUUUGUCCGCACAAGUAAGCACCAUGGGUGCGGUGAUGGUCUAAGACAAGAUAGGUAUGCUUUACGAACAAGCAGUCAAUGGCUCGGCCCGGCUUUUGAGGACAUGUCUCUAGCUCGAGAGCAAAUAGAGGUGGAGCUGAACUCCACUACUGACAACCCUCUUGUCAAUGUGGCAGAGAAGCACUGCCAUCACGGUGGCAACUUUCAAGCAUCUUCUGUUGCAUCUUCGACAGAGAAGACUCGCAUGGGACUCGAAAAGAUUGGCAAGAUGCUCUUUGCUCAAAGUGCUGAGCUUCUCGACAAUCGUCUCGCAUACAACCUUCCUCCCAACCUCGCAGCCGACGAGCCAAGCUUGUCAUACACCCUCAAAGGAGUCGACAUCAACAUGGCAGCUUACUAUUCCGAACUUGCCUUCCUUGCCAACCCAGUGAGCAAUCACGUCCAAUCAGCCGAGAUGUCCAACCAAGCACUCAACAGCCUCGCUCUCAUCAGCGCUCGCUACACCCACAUGGCAAUCGACAUCGUCUCCCUCAUGUCGUCCGCUUACCUCUAUUCCCUCUGCCAAGCCCUAGACCUCCGCGCCAUGAACGCCGCAUUCAUGGAUAAACUCAAGCCCGAGAUUACGAAGUGUACCAACACUCUCCUGGGAAGCAUGCUCUCCCAACCCAUUCUCAAGAAACUCGAUCACCAUAUUUGGGGCGCUAUGAACUCUGCGCUUGCAAACACCACGACCAUGGAUUCACACGAUCGAUUCACAGCUGUGGCUCGAGCUGCUCAACAUUUGGUCGUCGACGCCCUCGAAGCAGCACACCAUCACGAUGAUGCUUCUGAUCCGAAUAGAAUCAAUACCCUUUCCCUAGUCUCCGAAUGGACCUCUACCAUUGCCGUCACAACCAAGACCAUCUUCCUCGCAAAUCGCGAAGCUUACCUCGCAAACCCGGACGCGAGUAAACAUCUAGGUAAAGCUGCCAAGAUCAUGUAUCAAUUCGUGCGCAAGGAUAUGGGGAUCCCAAUGCAUAGAGGCCUGGUUGACCAUCCUACCUACAAAGCUGAAGGCAUGGUGGAUGAUGGCACAGAUAAGGUCACGACGGGCACGCAGAUUGGGAGGAUUUACAAGUGUUUGAGGGAGGAUGGGAUGGUGGAUGCGAUUAUGAAGUGUUUGAGUGAGAGUGAGAAGGUGGAGGUUCCUGUUGUGGAGGAGUUUGAGAGGGGGAUGGUUAGUGCGAAGUUGUAG